AUGUGCCAUAAAGAGGCUGGAACUACUUACAAGGGGGGAUACAUUGUAAUCAAUGGACGGCCUUGCAAGGUGGUGGAGAUUUCUACCUCUCGUACGAUGAGCGGUCACAAAAAGUGCCGUUUUGUCGCAACUGAUUUAUUCACCAAUGAGACGCUGGAAGACAGCUCGCCGGCUUCUCACAACUGCGAGGUCCCAAACGUGGUCUACGCCGAGUAUACAGUCCUCAAAAUUGUGGAUGGUGACAAGGUAUCUCUGAUGUUCGAGGGGGGUGACACGAGGGAACUUGACCUUCCCCCCGACGAGGCUCUCCGCUCGCAGAUCAAGGACGGCCUUGGGCAAGACAAGGAGCUCUCUCUUACUGUAGUGAGCGCUAUGGAUGCCUGCACCCUCCCCUCCUCCAUCCUCCCCUCCUCCCUAACCUCCACCUCCCUCCUCUCCACCUCCCUCCUCUCCAACUCCCUCCUCUCCACCUCCCUUCUCUCCAACUCCCUCCUCUCCACCUCCCUUCUCUCCAACUCCCUCCUCUCCACCUCCCAUCUCUCCAACUCCCUCCUCUCUAAUUCCCUCCCGUCCACCUCUCCGCCAUCCAUAUCCCUUCCUUCCUCAGCCCUCCCGUGUUCACCACCCCAUCUGCGGCUGCCAACAACUCCAGCAGCACAACAGGUAGCCCCUCUGCCCUGCUCCUCCACGCAUUCGCCCAUCAUUGUGCAUUUGCCUGUGCAGUUGACUGCAAUACCCCACUCACGCCCAUCACUCCACAUGCCACCUGCACACCCGCUGACCCACUCCCUGCUGCCCCUCCCCCGCUCUAUCCCUCCCUUUCUCCCCCUUUGCUUCCCCCUUCUCCUCUUCUUUCUCCUCCCACUUUUCAUCUCCUUCAUCCUCAUCCCCCUCACUCUCCACGUCAGAAGCACGCUUCCACCACUCAGCUCCCUCCCCAUUCCCCUUCCCUCCUCGUCCCAACCCAUGCUACUCACCCACACCUCCACCCCCCCUCGCUCACACAACAUUCGCCACACCCAUCCUACCCUCUCCCUGUGA